UAGAUCAUAAAUAGUUGCACGAGUUCAUUCAUCAUACACCCAAGAUUAAUUUCUGCUCAUUUGCUUCUUUGAAAUUAUCUUUUUUUAGUAUAUUUCGCUUGAGAAAGAAAAAGCUUGAAUAUACGACAUUUAUAGGUCAUAAUAUAAUCGAAUGUAUGAUAAAAUAAUAAAAUAUGUAAUAUUUGGGCCACUUGUAAUAGUUGCGCACACAAGACAUCUGUUUGCAUCACUUGAAAAUUGAAACCCAAGUACCCUUUUUAAAUCACAGAAAAAACAAAAAUUCUGGCACACUCAAACACAAACCUGAUUUCAAGAAGAAGAAAGAUGAAGGCUAAAACAGAGAAAUUGGUCACUGAAUCCAAGAAUCCUGUAGUAAAGAACAAUCAUUUGAUAAAAACCCAGAAAUCCCAAAAAGCUGAAGAUCAUGUUUUUGAUAAUAAGAUGAUGAACAAAGAAUGGAGUAUGAAAUCUCUAAUGGCGGAACUUCCUCUCUCUUCUUCCCCAUUUCCCAUUAACUGUGAAUCACCAACUCUUCCUUGCGAUUCUUGUCGCCCUUCUACUGUCUUCUACUCUCCAAGAUACCAGGACAUAAAUAAUUCAAGCAGUUUCUCACAUCCAAAGAAGCAAUUUCCCAACUUGAUGAAUAUCUCAAGUUCAUAUGAUUCAGCAAGUAAUAUUGGAUUUUAUGGAAGAGUUGAGAGCAAUGGAUUAGAUAAAUCAAGAGGAAGAUAUGAUUAUGAAUCUUCAAUUGGAGUUACUGAUGAUUACAGUCAAGUAUUAUAUUCUGUCCCUCCAACAAUUUCUGAAGAGGAUUCACAAAUGCUAGGAACUCAAUCUGGUGCUUCCAAAUAUGAUCAGUUCGGAGAGGCAAUACCGGUGAUGGGUGUGGAGCGAAACGAGCAUCGAUUGAACCACCGGCCUAAGGCGUACCAAGAGUUUUUGGAUGAAGUUCAGAACCACAAGCAAAGAGCUGAGUUUAAUGCAUUGAGGAACACUACAUAUACUCAUCUGCUUAGAAAACUGACAGAGAAGGAAGAAGCCAUUGAUGAGUGGGAGUCAAGCCGUAGGAGAAAGGCAGAGUUUCAGCUGGACAAGCUUGAGAGGAAGCUGGAGAAGAAACAGGCAGAAGCAGUCCAGAAGGUGCACAAGAAACUUGCAGAGGCAAAAAUGGAAGCUCAGAAGAAGAAAGCUAAGGCGAGACAGUUAGCUUUGAAGGAAAUGGCGAAACACUGUUCACAGCUGAAUUGAUUGACAUCAACAAGGCUUCUGAGAAAUGCAACUUUCUUACAGAAUCAGCUCAAUAAAGACAAGUACUAUAUCAUUUCCUAAUGUAAAUUUAGCUUUUAACCGACUACAAUUCAAAAAAAAAGUUACAUAUAAAUUGUCUAGUAGGUCAAAGUUGCAGCUAGAAACUUAAAUGUACAAAAUGAACAGUGAUUUAAGAAAACGCGUUAACUAUA